ACUGCUACAGGGUUUCAUGAAAAAGAACGCUCACCUAAAAUUGUCAGUCAUGCAGUCCUGCAGUUCUGCUGUCUGUAUCCUGAUCUUACUGAUCACUACAUUCACGGAUGCGCUGACAGACAAGAUGACAACUGAUAGUGGAGUUUACACAAGCUGGGGCACCACAAAUUAUAACACUGAAGUCUACCCAGUGAGCACCGAAGAGCUGAUAGACACGAUGCAGUCUGGUAGUGGAGAAUAUCCGACCGAAGAAGACGACUCAGACUUGCUUUCUACAGUUGUAAUUAAGACUGGUAAAUCUAUUGUGCUGGAUUUGGAUGCAUCAUAUCCAGUGGAGGUGAUCUAUAGCAGUAGAAGUGCAGCUGGACCAUCCUGGUAUCCGAUCUGUACAGUGAAUGGAUGCUCACUACAGUGUAAACCUGAAUACACUCAGAGAGUGUCACUACUAACAUCUGCUAUUGUACUGAGAGAAGUGAAGCCGUCUGAUAGUGGAGUUUACAUCAUCUGGGACACCGAGCAUAACAAUAUUAUUCACAUCUACACAGUGACCGUACAAGGUUUGAGUUCUACAGUUCAGAUAAAGGCUGGUGAAUCUCUGGUGAUGAAGUUGGACGUAUCAGAUCCAGUGGAGGUGAUUUAUAACAGAACAGGUGGUCAGAUCUGUACAGUAGAUAGAGGCUCACUGAGCUGCACAGCUGAAUACAUGCACAGAGUGUCACUUCUAACAUCUGAUCUUGAGCUGAGAGAAAUGAAGCCGUCUGAUAGUGGAGUUUACAUCAUCCGGGACACUAAAACUAAAGAGGAUAUUGACGUCUAUACAGUGACCGUCCGAGGUAACCAUACAGAUCUGGACACAGUGUGGGUGAUGGUACUGGUUGCUGUACUUGUAGCUGUGAUAUUUCUGGCAAUAACAGUGGUGAUUUUGCAGAACAGGAGACAAAAUCAGCCACUCCAGAAGGAAGAUGAAACAAACAGAGUUCAAAUGAAUGAACUCAUUUACGUCAGUCCAGAAGAGAGACAGUCACACCAGGAUCUCUGAGAGAUGAUCACUAAUCGAUCUCUGUCUGUGCUCUCUUUGUGUGGGAGUGGUUGGUUGAGUGUAUCAGUGUGGAGAGUCCAGCUCUGUCUGAUCUUCAUUUACAGAGCCUUUAAUGUAUUCUGUCUGUUUUCACUGUAAUACUCACAACUGAGGUUUAUUAAUUAAUGUACUUUACUGUGUGAACAUAUUUUUAUUGCUACUAAUGAAUUUAGCAAGAUUAGUUCAGAUUCCUGUGAACUGUCUACCUAUAGAACACUAUUAGAGAAGUUCUGAACCCACACACCAAACUAUCAGACAGCAAUGAUAUAAAAAUAUAAACAGAGUUUCUUUGUGCUCGUGCGCCAGUGCUUCAG